GGCGGGCGGCGCGGGGCCGUGGCGGGAGCUGGAGCGGGAGCGGGAGCGAUGGCGGGGAGGACGGGCGCCAUCGCGGCUGGGCUGUGCGGGGCGCUCUUCGUCGCCUACUGCAUCUACUUCGACCGCAAGCGGCGCAGCGACCCCGACUUCAGGAACCGGCUGCGGGAGCGAAGGAGGAAGCAGAAACUUGCCAGACAAAAGGCUGGGCUUUCACGGCUACCAGACCUGAAAGAUGCAGAAGCGGUGCAGAAGUUUUUCUUAGAAGAAAUCCAACUGGGUGAAGAGUUGCUGGCACAAGGUGACUACGAGAAGGGUGUGGACCACCUGACGAACGCUAUUGCUGUUUGUGGACAACCUCAGCAGCUCUUGCAGGUGCUGCAGCAAACCCUGCCUCCACCGGUCUUCCAGAUGCUGCUGACCAAACUGCCUACCAUCAGUCAGAGGAUCGUGACUGCACAGAGCCUGGUUGAAGAUGAUGUGGAGUGAGCUACCUAUGACAGGCCGGACCACAACAUGCAGACACAACCUCUAUCCCCCUCCCCCUUAAUUGUAUAUAUUUAGCGUAAGAUGGACUCUGGAUUGAAACUGGGAAAUUUAAAUGUGGUCCUCUUCACUAGAAGUUCCUGUAGCAUCACGUUAUUUAUUGUGCCAGUGUGCCGGCUAUAUUUCGAUACUACGUUGAUGGAUCUUGUGUUGCGGUUAUAAUGCUGACAGUGAAGUUUUUUUCUCAGCUUAACUGUGUUGGGAACGUACUGAUGCAGAAUGUGUUGGGGUUGACAACAGGAACCUUCUUUCCUUGCACAUCUGGAUCUCAAAACCAGAGCUCCACAUCUGUCUGACUUAAAAUGAAUGCUGAUCAUCUAAAGAGAUUUUUAAUAAAGUUAUUAAACUUGAA